GAUUUUUAGCGAAGCUAGUCUUGCCAAAUAUAUAUCUAAGAAUAAGCCUUGGAUUUGGAAGAAGUUUUAGAAAGUGGUUAUGCCUUAUCUUGCAAGCUCUAUUCAAAAGAUCGUCAGCAUACUCGAUAUACAAGUGAGGAGGUUUCUACUGUCACAUUGAAAAGGGCUUUGUUUUAAAUUAUUUACAAAGAGAUCCCAUCAUAGUAAUUUGAGAUGCUCCACUACUCGACUUAUUCUAGGAGUAUGUAGCAAUUAGAAGAAUUCCUUAAAACUUUACUCACACAAAAGUCUAUUUUGAAAACCACAUUGCACAGCUGCGCCUAUAAGAGCUUGGUUGGAAACAGGAGAAAUAUGGUUUACUCUUGAUGUGGUCUCAGAAUUCCAUCGUAGUUCGGGUUUUGGAUAUUCGUAUUAUAAAAAUACGUAAAUCGGUGAAGACAUUUGGCUGUUUUGCACAACACUUCACAAUGGCUGUUGCGAUGAGGCGACGUGCUGUGAAGCACAUUUUAUCUGAAAGAUUAACAGAGGAGCAAAUUAGAGAAUACAACGACGCAUUUCAAGCCUUCGAUAAAGAUGGCAAUGGAUACAUUACCACUAAGGAGUUAAAAUCACUGAUGCGCUGCCUCGGUUGCAAUCCUACGGAUUCAGAAGUGCAGCAGAUCAUAAACGAGGUUGAUGCAGAUGGUAAUGGCAAGAUCGAUUUCCCAGAAUUUGUGCAGUUGAUGGAGAAAAUGAUGAAACCAACAGAUGAAGAAAACGCAGCUUUAGAUGCCUUUAGGGUUUUUGACCCAGAGGGACGUGGCUACAUUCCAAGCACGAUAUUGAGGGAGAUUUUGCAAAGGUCUCUCGAUCAAGUACCACAAAGUGAGGUAUUCGAUCUUCUUGACCACUCUGGCCUACACGAAGAUAAAAUGAUUUCUUUUGAAGAUUUUGCUCGUCUUGUGAAACCAAGAAAUCCGUUUCAAGAUCGGUUGAAUCAAAUGGAAAUGAAAGAUGGGUCUCCUUCAAGCUCCGCAUCAUAACUAGAUGUACUUGAAAUUUGACGUCCAGAUAUCUUAAAUGGUCGGCAAAAUUACAAUUUCAUCUCAACUGACCUUCACUGAGAAAGGUUAGCCCCCACCCCCUAUCCCUCAACAAAUGAGUGCAAGAGGACAGUUUUUUAUGCUCAUUAUCUGUGAUCGAUAAACCAUUUUACAUCACAAUAGAUAAAUGAAACAUGUCCUUUAAAUCAUACGAGAGAAGGCGUGCUCAUUUCAACGAAAUAAAAGAUCUUCAUGUGUUGCAGCUUUACUUUCUUUUUGUAUUCUUUAUUGUUGUUAUCAAUGAAUUUAUCAAGAAAAUCGAUAAUUAUCAGAGGUAAAAUCUAAGUAGAUCGUAAGUGAAUAUCAUAGUACUUGUAAGCAAAUUUAUUGAGAUUAUGAAGAAAAACAUUGUUUUAAAUUCUAAGAAAAACAGCAAUACAGAGGGAGGAUCAGUGUGCCUCUUUUAGGCUCCUUCUUUUGUUCAACUUGUGCAUUUCUCACAUAGCGCUAAAAAAUGACUAUUCUUUUGUUGCUCUGGUAGUUAGUUGCCAGAAAAUAAACGAACUGCACGUAUUUUUUAUAAGAAACUAAGGUCCGGUGCUGGUAGGCAAUUUCUUAAAUUUUAUGCCCAUUUUGCUAUCAAAAGUU